CUGUCGCAAUGAUCAUUAAUUUGUUUUAUGCUUCAGUGAUGAUACAUAAAAAUUGUAUUUAAACUUAUAUUCUUGGUGGUUUUGACAGUUUUAGUUACUUUAUAUCUGUUUUCCASAGGCUUGUUACUUAUCUUUUCAAUGCUGUUGGACCAUUAAGCCUUGACCUGUGGAAGUGUUGUUUCUCUGGCGUGAUAAAGAAAGAACUAAUCAUGUGAAUCAGUGACAACUUUAGAAAUUUUCCACCUGAUGGAUAACAUUUUAGAAAGAACUUUGCCAUUUUAAYUGGUUUCGAUCAAGGUUUUUACAAGUGAUUAAUGUACCAAAAAAAGUUAAUUUAACUGCACACUGGUGCUAAAUUCCAUGUGAUUUGCUUGAAUAUARCAGUGAGGUUACUACUUCAAACAAAAACAAUCCCUAAAGCAAUGAUCUAAAGCAAUGAGUUGAAACUUGUAAGGCUUUCCCCCACUUUAACUGAACUUUGGCCUCAUGCACUGUUGAAGUGAUUAAAAUAAGGCAGGGAUAUGGGUUCACAUUUGGUUUUAUCUCACUUGAUACAGAUAAGUGGAGGAUUGGUGUCUGUAGUGUAAUGUGGAUCAUGGGUUUAAAGUCCAGCUAUAGCUGGGUUGGAGAGGCUGCAAUUCACUGAACUCUGAAUCUGAACUCUGCAAUCAUGUUUGCAUUCAAGUGCUUUUUAUUCAGACUGCGCAGACGAACACAGUGCCAGAGGCGGUUCGAGUGUAAUAUUCCUACACUGUGUUUCCCCAACUCAAAACAGUGAAGGAUGAAGAUGAGAUCCUGGUUGCUUGCAGUGACGAUGCUGCUGCUGAGUGUGACUGGAGUUAAAAUGGAGCAUCUUCAAGCUGAAAACCUGCAUCUUAUUCUCCCAAAUGAUCACAACAAGGUCUURAACAGGGAGAUGAAAGUUCUGCCUAGAGACUGCUAUGAGAUGCUAAUGACAUCUUCAGGCCAGGCCAGGGAUGGGGUUUACCUGAUCCGACCACACAACUCCSCCAUUGUGGCCUACUGUGCCAUGCAGGAGGGAGGCUGGACCGUGGUGCAGCACAUCACGGUCAACAGCAGCGUUGACUUUGAUCGCACCUGGGAUGAGUACAAAAAUGGUUUUGGAGACGUCAAUGGGGACCACUGGCUGGGGAACAAGCACCUCCAUCAGCUCACCCGCGGUCCUGCCCUCUACAAGCUGGGAGUAAAACUUGUAGACCAGGAUGCCGUCACUAAGCUGGGGGAGUAUGAUCCUUUCCUGGUGGAGGAUGAAUCAACAGCGUACAGGCUGAGGCUGGGGUUGUUCCAGGGCACGGCUGUGGACGCUCUGACAUUAGACACCGAGAAUUACCUUCACGACAACCAGAAAUUCACCACUAAGGACCGAGACAAUGACAAUUACUUCCAAAACUGUGCCAAGCUGGAGUUCCAGGGCGUGCCGGGAGGGGGUUGGUGGUACGACGCYUGUGCUGGUGCCAAUUUAAAUCGCAGGAAUGUGAUUUACUGGCAAAAGGACUGCAACAAGGAACACCUCUGCAAGUACGCAUGGAUGAUGGUGAGACCUUCAGACACAGUUAAAGUGAUUUACAGUGGAGACGGCAAGGAUGAGCUAUAAACACAUCAUUCUCGAGGAGUCCAAUAUUCCCAUCCAACAUACCUGGUGACCUUCUGAAUCUUCCAAUUCAUCACAUUUUAUUCUGAAAUUAUUGUACAUGACCACAAAAUAAUGAAAAAAAAAAGUUUUCACAAGCUUGAAAAGCAAUAUAAAACUGUCAGUAUACCCAAACAUCUCCACCRUC